AUGCAUUUCACAUUUCUGCCGGCAGCCCUGGUGGCUUCGGCCUCUCUCACGCUGGCAGCACCAGCAGAGGUUCCAAACCGCAAGUCAUUCCGCAUUACACAAGUACCACGGGGCCAAGUCUACAAGAAUGGCCCAUAUCAAAUGAUGAAGACCUACGGCAAAUACGCAGCCCACGGUGCUGUUGCGCCAUCGUUUGUCAAGGACGCUGCAGCUGCUGUGCAGAGCGGUAGUGUCGAGGCGGAUCCACAGCAGUACGAUCAAGCCUAUCUAUCGCCAGUCAACGUUGGUGGCAAGACUUUGGAGCUUGACUUCGACACUGGAUCGGCGGAUCUGUGGGUGUUCUCCAAGUUAAUGCCUUCAAGUGAACAAUCUGGCCACGCAGUGUAUAGCCCCAGCUCUUCGGCCAAACAACUGCGAGGUGCUACCUGGAAUAUCUCGUAUGGCGACGGUUCCGGAGCAAGUGGCACUGUAUAUGCGGACAAGGUCGCCGUUGGCAGUGUCACCGCCACUUCUCAAGCCGUUGAAGCUGCGACUUCCGUCUCCGCACAAUUCUCCCAGGACCAGGACAACGAUGGCCUGCUCGGCCUGGCGUUCAGCACGAUCAAUACUGUUAAGCCCCAGCAACAGACCACCUUCUUUGACACAGUCAAAAGCACCUUGGCAAAGCCACUUUUUGCCGUGGAUUUGAAGGCUGGCGCACCUGGCACUUACGACUUUGGCUAUAUUGACAGCUCCAAAUACAAAGGCAGCAUCACGUACACACCCGUGGAUAGUUCGGAUGGCUUCUGGCAAUUCAACGCGCAAGGAUAUUCCAUCGGUGGUAGCAACACGACGGCCGGUGGCAGCAUCGGUGCCUCCAUUAUGGACACAGGCACAUCGCUUCUCUACCUUCCUUCUCGUGUUGCCUCUGCAUACUACGCAAAAGUUCCUGGCGCCAAAAUCGACAACUCGCAAGGAGGCUACACCUUGCCUUGCAGUGCAACGCCUCCAAACUUCAAUGUUGCCAUCGGAGGAAAGACCUUCACGGUCCCCGGCUCAUACAUCAACUAUGCCCCAGUAGACCAAUCGGGCACGACUUGCUUCGGCGGCAUUCAACCCAAUACUGGUAUUGGAUUUACAAUUUUUGGUGAUGUCUUCAUGAAGGCAGUGUACGUUGUGUUCGACCAGAGCACCGACACUCCUCGCCUCGGUAUUGCUGCACAGAGCUAGAUUAACAAUGGUGACACUACACCACAGAGAGAACGAAGAACAGAACACGAACGACAGAGAAAUGCGUGCAGGCACCAUAGCACUGGAAUAUUUCGUAUCGUUUCUAGAUGAUUGUGUAUGUAUACAAGAACUGGCUUUUCUUAUAAUGAUCAGCCGAUAGUUUUUCCAACUCCAAA